CUCUGUGGCCUUGAUCCUAUGACGUUUGACGUUUCUUUUUCACUCUGCCUUUUUUCCAUUUCAACAAAAUAAAUUAUAGAAAUGGCAAGUUUGGGUCAAUGUGAAACACCAGGUUGUUUAAAUCCGGCAAAAUUACAAUGCCCUACUUGCAUUAAACUGGGAAUCCCGGGCUCCAUAUUUUGUUCACAAGAAUGCUUCAAGAGUAAUUGGAAAACUCACAAAAUUAUCCACUCUUUAGCCAAAGGAGAAAAUGUAGAUGGAAAGAAAGAAGAUUCCUACAAUCCUUGGCCCAGUUAUUCGUACACAGGGAAGUUGAGACCUUUUCCACAAUCAGCCAAAAGAACUGUACCACCUCAGAUUCAAAGACCAGAUUAUGCGGAUCACCCACAAGGAUAUCCUCUUAGUGAACAAGCUGUCAAAGGUUCUGGACUCAUUAAAGUGUUGGAUGAUGAAGAAAUUGAGGGCGUUAAAGUAGCUAGCAGACUAGGCAGAGAAGUCAUAGAUGAAGCUGCAAGAGUAUGUGAUGUUGGAGUAACUACUGAUGAAAUUGAUAGAAUAGUACAUGAGGCUUGCAUUGAACGUGAUUGUUAUCCAUCUCCUCUAAAUUAUUAUGAAUUCCCAGCAUCGUGCUGUACAUCUGUCAAUGAAGUUAUUUGUCAUGGAAUUCCUGAUAGUAGACCACUUGUGGAUGGCGAUUUAUGCAAUGUAGAUGUCACUGUUUAUCACAGAGGCUUCCAUGGUGACUUGAAUGAGACUUUCUUUGUGGGAAAUGUCAGUGAGAAGCAUAAAAACUUAGUAAAGGUUACUCACGAAUGUCUAAUGAAAGCUAUAGAUAUUGUUAAACCAGGAGAAAAAUAUAGAGAAAUAGGUAAUAUCAUUCAAAAGCAUGCCCAAAGCCAUGGCUAUCAGGUGGUUAGGAGCUACUGUGGUCAUGGGAUCCAUAGGUUAUUCCAUACAGCACCCAAUGUACCCCAUUAUGCAAAAAACAGAGCUAUUGGUGUGAUGAAACCAGGCCAUUGCUUUACAAUCGAACCAAUGAUAUCAGAAGGUACUUGGCGUGAUGAAAUGUGGCCCGACAAAUGGACAGCAGUCACUGCCGAUGGCCAAUGGUCAGCCCAAUUUGAACAAACACUCUUAGUCAAUGAAACAGGCUGUGAAAUUUUGACACGGCGAAGGGAAAAGAAUGGACAACCUCACUUUAUGGACAAAUUUUAGUAAUUUGGAUGUUUUCUGCAGUUGUCUACCAUAAAAUGACAAAAAUUAAACAUAUACUUGUUUUACAAUC